UAUACAUUCGUUAUGCAUGCAUUAAAAUCACCAUUAAUGGCUUCUUCCCUCUAUAUCCGCACCUCCUUACUCAUCCUUGCACUCUUCCUUUCCCCGAUCUCUUCCGCCGUCGUACCAUCAGCUAAUUCCUCCGUUUGUCAAUACACAACCUACCCAUCAUUCUGCCGAUCAUCUCUCCCCAUCAACAACUCCUCCGCCGAUGUCUACGACUAUAGCCGCUUCUCCGUCCGUAAAUCCAUAUCGGUAGCUCAUAAAUUUUCCUCCUUGAUAGAUAAAUACCUGAGCCGCUCCUCCGGUUUGACAACUGGUGCGAUUCGUGCUCUUCAAGAUUGCCAAUACUUAGCUGGAGUCAACAUUGACUUCCUAACAAACGCUUUCCAAACCGUCGACAAAUCUCAAACGGCGCUUUCUACAAUGAAAUCCCAAGAUAUUCAGACGAUGCUUAGUGCCAUUUUAACCAACACACAGACAUGCAUAGACGGCCUCCAAGCCACUGCUGCUUCUUGGAGCUCUAAAAAUGGAAUUUUGGCCCCCCUUGCUAACGACAACAAAUUGUAUAGCGUAUCCUUAUCUUUGUUCAACAGAGGAUGGGGUGUUAAGAACAAGAGGAAAAGUUCUUCUUCGGUUUCAGCUCAUAAGAAACAUAUUGGUUUUAAAAACGGACGGUUGCCUCUAAAAAUGUCUGAAAGAAGCAAAGCCAUUUUCGAGACGGUGGGAAGAAGAAAGCUUCUUCAGACCGACGAUGGCGGAGAUCAGGUUGUGGUGAGUGAUAUAGUGGUGGUCAGCCAAGAUGGGUCUGGCAAUUUCACCACCAUCACCGACGCCAUUAACAUUGCUCCUAAUAAAUCUGCUGCCGCCGAUGGUUAUUUCUUGAUUUAUGUGACCGCAGGCGUUUAUGAAGAGUAUGUGAAUAUCCCGAAGAACAAGUUGUAUCUGAUGAUGAUCGGGGAUGGAAUUAAUCAGACGGUCAUCACUGGAAAUCACAGCGUCGUAGAUGGCUGGACCACUUUCAACUCUGCUACAUUCAUCGUGACUGCGCCGAAUUUCGUGGCGGUGAACAUAACAAUCCGUAACACCGCCGGAGCAAUAAAGCAUCAAGCCGUAGCACUACGAAACGGAGCCGAUUUAUCGACAUUCUACAGCUGCAGCUUCGAAGGUUACCAAGACACAUUAUACACACACUCCCUCCGUCAAUUUUACAGAGAAUGCGACAUUUACGGCACUGUAGAUUUCAUAUUCGGGAACGCCGCUGUAGUUUUCCAAAACUGUAAUCUCUACCCUCGAUCACCUAUGUCCGGUCAAUUCAAUGCCAUUACAGCACAGGGCAGAACAGACCCAGGACAGAACACCGGGACCUCAAUCCAAAAUUGUAAUAUUCGGGCCGCUGAAGACUUGGGUUCAACCAGGACCUAUUUAGGACGACCAUGGAAAGAGUACUCACGAACAGUUUACAUAAAGACGUUCAUGGAUACAUUGAUCGACGCAGUGGGAUGGCGGGAAUGGUCUGGUGAUUUUGCGUUGAAUACAUCGUACUACGCAGAGUUUGAUAAUUCAGGUCCCGGGUCGGACACUAGUGGGAGAGUUACUUGGCCUGGAUUCCACAUCAUAAACGCUACGGAUGCAGUUAAUUUCACGGCCUCAAGUUUCAUUCCUGCCGAUGAAUUUCUGCCUCAGACGGGAGUGCCUUACAAUAGUGGCUUAUAAUUUUUCAGCAUACAUGUAUAGCUGCUACACAAUUUAGAAUCUCCUAAUUUAUUUUAUUUCUUCUUCUAAUUCAACGAACUGUUGUAUUAAUAAAAAUAAAUAUAAAUACAGCCACAUGAAAAA